AUGGAUGACAAGGAGAAAGAAGGAACGGGCGACAUUGCCCUGGAGGAAAUGGGAACUCAGAAACAGGAGCCAAAGAAAGAGCAGAAAACGUUUACGGUGGAAGAAGCUGUGGAAACAAUUGGCUUUGGGAGGUUUCACAUUGCACUCUUUUUGAUCAUGGGCAGCACUGGCGUGGCUGAGGCCAUGGAGAUAAUGCUGAUCGCUGUGGUGGGUCCUGUCAUCCGCUGCGAAUGGCAACUUGGAAACUGGCAAGUGGCUUUAGUGACAACAAUGGUGUUUUUUGGCUAUAUGAUAUCCAGUGUCAUCUUUGGAGUUCUAGCUGAUAGAUAUGGCCGCUGGAAAAUUUUGUUCAUCUCUUUCAUUUGGGGAGCCUAUUUCUCCCUGCUGACAUCGUUUUCCCCUUCAUACAUCUGGUUCGUCUUCCUCCGGACCAUGGUGGGAUGCGGAGUCUCUGGUCAUGCUCAAGGGCUUAUAAUAAAAACAGAAUUUCUGCCUACAAAAUACCGAGGCUAUAUGUUACCGUUAUCGCAGGUGUUUUGGUUGGCAGGCUCCUUAUUAAUUAUUGGACUGGCGUCAGUGGUUAACCCAACCAUUGGGUGGCGGUGGCUAAUACGGAUUGCCUCUCUGCCAGGCAUUGUUCUCCUCCUAGCAUUUAAGUUUAUCCCUGAGUCUGCUCGCUAUAAUGUGUCUUGCGGGAAUGACAAGGCUGCCCUGGCGACGCUGCAGUGGAUUGCUAAGAUGAACCGAUCUGUUAUGCCUGAAGGAAAGUUGGUAGAACCCACUGAUGAAAGAAGGGGUAGGUUCAAAGACCUAAUAGAUCCCAAGUACUUACGGACAACUUUGCAAUUAUGGAUUAUAUGGCUUGGGAUAUCUUUUGCUUAUUAUGGUAUCAUCCUGGCCAGCGCAGAGUUGCUGGAGAAGAAUCUGGUUUGUGCCACAGGGGGAGGAGGAACCAGUAAAGGUGAUGAGUUGGGGGAUUAUUCCGAGGAGACCCAGAGCCCGUGCCUCUGCCAUCACUUCGCCCCAUCCGAUUACCAGAUCAUGAUCAUCAGCACAAUGGGAGAGAUCGCAUUAAAUCCUCUAAACAUUCUGGGCAUCAAUUUUCUGGGAAGGCGUCUCAGCCUGACAAUCACCAUGGGGUGUACUGCCGUGUUCUUCCUCCUGCUCAAUAUAUGCACUUCAACCUCGGGCCUCAUUGGUUUUCUCUUCAUGUUGCGUGCCUUGGUCUCUGCAAAUUUCAACACCAUCUACAUUUACACAGCAGAGGUUUAUCCAACUACCAUGAGAGCUGUUGGCCUUGGCACUAGUGGUUCUGUAUGUCGUAUUGGUGCUAUGGUGGCACCUUUUAUAGCCCAGGUGCUCAUGAAUGCUUCUUUCUUGGGAGCACUUUGCCUUUUCGCUUCCGUUUGUGUCGUGUGUGCUGUCUCUGCUUUCACUCUACCCAUUGAGACACGAGGGAGAGCGCUUCAGCAAAGGAAAUGAAGGUGACCACUAGAAAGAGGAAAAACCCAAGAGGGCUCUGUUACAUUUCAUGCAUUUGAGCCUAUUUCUCAGAAGAGGUACUGAGAUUUUCUCCACACGCAUUUCCAAAAAAAGACGUUUCUUGUCUUUACAUUUUAAUAAACCUGUUUCAUUUCCAUGAUGUAAAAUGAAAACCUCUGCACAAAUAAAUGGGACAGUACCCUG